AGUAAACACGACAGUCUAGCUGGAGGAGUGAAAGAGGGAGGUGCGGGUGACUUUUUCCCUCAAUUUUCCCCUUAUUUUCCCCCGUGGAGCCGCGCCUGCUGCCUAAAUGUGGAGCCAGGAGGCGUGAGCAGUUGUGAAGAGCCGCCAUGAACUUCGGAAGACAGUUAAAACGCGUUAGGCAACAAGCUGACCAUCUUUUUCUUAGGAGCGACCGCACAGAUGUGGUUGGAGAGCUCAAGACCGCGGAGGACCAGGUGGAGGAGCUGCGGGUGCUUUGCGAGGCCUACAGCAGGAGCCUAGAGAAAUGUCUCCACACCCACACUACACCUGAAGAGAAGAAGCAGAAAAAGGUGCCAGAGUUUCAGGCGGCAGAGACCCUAAGGGAGGCCCUGGCACAGCUGCCGCAAACGGAGAAUGCCGACCACCAGGACUUGCUCAGGACUGUGGUAAGACGCGUAUUGGAACUGCAACAGGCUCUCGGACAAAACCAGGUGGAAUUUGAGGGAGCCCUGGAACGAGAGGUACUUGGACCUCUAACUCACCUUAUUAAAGAUGACUUCCCCUCAAUCGCCAAGCAGAAGAAGCAGCUCAAGCAGGUGGGGCUCGAUGUGGACGCAGCCAAAACAAGAUGGAAGAAUUCUCAGUCUAAUCCUGGACCCAAUGCUAAGAUGGACACUUAUAAGGAAGAAUUGGAGGAGGCAGAGGCUAAGCUAGACCAGACCAAGGACUCGUACGCCUGCGACAUCUUCAGCCUGCUGGCGAGAGAGAGAGAGCUGUCGCAGUACGUGUGUUCAUAUAUCAGUCUUCAGAGGGAGCACCUGCAGAAGGCACUUGCUAAACUGGACCUGGUGCUGCCUGACAUACAGACGCAGAUGGAGACGUCUCAGCUGAGUCCUGUGUUCGGCGUGUCUCUCCACCAGCACCUCAGAAUUGCUCAUCAGGACGUUGCGGUGGUGGUGCGGGUGUGCGUGCGGCACCUGGUGGAGGUGGGGCUGUACGAGGAGGGGCUGCUGCGGGUGGCGGGCAGUGCCACCAAGGUGCGGCGCCUGAAGGGUGCCUUCGACGCAGGACUGGUGACUGCGGAACAGCUGGCGGCGGCAGGGGAGUACGACGCCCACGUGGUGGCCGGCGCCCUCAAGUGUUACCUGCGGGAGCUGCCGGAGCCCCUGCUGACUCACCUGCUGCACAGCCAGUGGCUGGAGGCCGUGCGGUGCCCAGACCACCACCAGCGCCUGCGUGCCCUGUGGCGCGUGGCCAGCAGGCUGCCCCCGGCACACCUCACCAACCUGGCCUUCCUGGUGAAGUUCCUGGCGCUGGUGGCCGCCCACGCCACCCACAACAAGAUGACCCCCGGCAACAUUGCCACCGUGGUGGCCCCGAACCUCAUCUGGGACCAGCGGGAGGACCUGGAGGCCGUGCCAGACGUGGCCACCCUGGGACGCAGCGUGAGCCUGGCGGGGGACUACCGGGGCGUGGUGGAGCACCUGGUGGAGUACUGCGAUUACUUCUUCAAGGACCAACACGUGGACCUGGGGGCCGUGCCACCCCCGCCUCCCUCCCCUCCCCGCCCCCACCCCGAGCCAAACGGUGCCCUGCCCCUGGCCCCCCUACCGGCACCAGCACCCUGCCCCGCCCUGCAACCCACCGCCGCAACGUGAGCGCCGACCUGACGGUGCGGGGUGACCCCCCUGCCCCCGCCGACCCCUGCGAGAGCCCCAAGCAGCCCCAGCGCACCAAGAAGAAGCAGGCGCCCCGCCCACCCCAGGUACGCCCCGCCAGCACCCACGGGGCACUG